CGCGUGGCAAUCGGAGAACCACGAAAAUGAUGAGCAUCAUGUUGAAAUUAAAAUAUCAGAUGGUAGUGAGUCUGGUUAGCGAUAAAAAAGGUUGGUCGGAGCAGAAGUUUGACAUACAUAAAUCUUGGGUGAUUCCAGAAAUGUCGAGCAGCAUACCCUCCUCUCACCCCACCUUCCUCACCAACGCCCUCACUCCAUUAACCCACAACAACCCAAACUUCAGGGCAAGAACUGUUUCUAUCCCUUCUCUCAAAACCACUGUUCGCUGCACUUCCUCGCAACAUCACCAACAACACCAAUCUCCAAGAAACAAGAAUGAGAACAAGUUAGCAAAGUUAGCACUCGUUGCACUGGCCGCUGGGGUCUUGACACUUGGGUCGGUUCAGGAUGCAUCUGCUGCCAAGACUGGUGGUAGAAUCGGUGGCCAGUCCUUCAAAUCAUCGCCUCCGCGCUCCUCCCCAAGAAUCAACAAUUCCAGGACCAAUAUCUAUAUCAAUCCUGGAGUGGCACCUCCACUUGUUGGUGGUUAUGGGUAUGGUUAUGGUGUGCCAUUCUAUGGUGGCUGGGGAUGGUCUCCAUUUUCAUUCUUUGCACCAGGUCCCAGUGUAGCGGUAGGCAUUGGAGGUGGAUUUGACACUCUUCUUCUGUUUAUGUUUCUUGGUGCUGCUGCUGCAGUUGUGAGAAGAUUCUUUGGGUCAAGAAAUGAAGAUGACGAUGACUACUAGCGCUAUAAAAACGAUUUCAAACAGAGUGUCAAAUUAAGUCCAUGUAUAGAAGAAUGGCAGAGUGACCAAUUCAUUAGUUUGAUGCAUUGGUUUACAUGCUUGUUACACAGUAUAUAUGUCAUGAAGCCAUAAUGUACAUCAUACUCUCCAUCACUCAGUUUUCAUUUUCACUAAUUUUAAUAUAAUCAAGAAAAUAUGUAAGGUUUUACAGAUUCA